AUGGGGAAUUUAUUACUGAAUCGUUUGAUUGUAUCAAUUUCAUCAGCGUUAAAAGAUGAGGUAGAUAUUCAUGACGUCAUUUGUUUGAAUGAUUCACAGAUUGCUUUAUGUUGGAUCAAAGCAGAAAAUAAAGUUUUUAAAGCUUUCGUUCAUAAUCGAGUAGUUGAAAUCCGAAAAAACGUCGAAGCGGGAAAAUGGUUGUACGUAAAAUCUAAGAACAAUCCUGCAGAUAUUAUCACCAGAGACCAUAGUCAAGAUGCUUUACAAAAUGAGCUGUGGUGGAGGGGUCCAGACUUUCUACAAGAAGAAACAAAUUUUUUUAAUGCAAAAAGUUCAUUACAAGAUUCAAAUGAAAACAUCGAUUUUGGCGAUUCCCUGGAAAUGAAAGAAGAGAUUGUUGAGUCAUUAUUUAUUCGCAACGUGAGAAAAAGUUUAAAAAAAGAAAAGCUAACAUUAAACUAUUACGUAAUCGCUGAAGAGUUGCAUGAAGCUAAAGUGUUAUGGACGAAGCAAAAUCAAAUUGAAUUGAAAAGCAAAGGUGAUUACAAAGAGUUAAAAAAGAAUUUAAGUUUAAGAGAGGACGAAGAGGGAGUCAUUCGUUCGUAUGGUAGAUAUAAAUAUGCUAACAUUCCCUUUGAUAACAAAGCUCCGAUAAUGUUAAAUCGUGAUCAUCGUUUAGCCGCAAUAAUUGUAAAUUAUUGUCAUUCAAACGUGUUACACAGAGGUGUAAAACAAACAUUAACCGAAUUAAGAUCAAAAUAUUGGAUAACUAAAGGUAGAAGUUUUGUUAAGAAAAUUUUGCGUCCUUGUACCAUCUGUAAACGCUAUAAUGCAAGACCGUUUCAUUACCCUGAACUUUCUGAUUUACCAAGUUUUCGAUUCGAAGGUUCCCGCCCGUUUUGUACUACCGGUGUUGAUUAUCUCGGGCCGUUGUUUUGUUCACCAGUGUUUGGAGAAGAUGAUUCGCUUUAUAAAACUUGGGUUGUAAUAUAUACUUGUGCAUCAAGCCGUGCUCUUGCUUUGGACGUUGUACAUAAUGGACAGUCUCAAUCCUUCAUAAAUUCAUUAUCACGUUUUAUUUCUCGUCGUGGGUGCCCUUCAACCAUAUUAUCAGAUAAUGGAUCCGUUUUUACAGCUGACGAUGCCCAUCAAUUUGCUGCAAAUCGAUUUAUCACGUGGAAAUUUAAUAUCGAACAUGCUCCAUGGUGGGGUGGUAUAUGGGAGAGACUUGUAGCUUGUGUGAAACGUUGUAUCAAAAAGGCUGUAGGUAAAAGUAUCGUUAAUUUUGUCGAAUUACAAACAUUGAUGAAUGAGAUAGAACUGAUUUUGAAUAACAGACCUAUUUGUGAUGACUAUGAUGAUGAUUGUGAGGAUAGAGAUAGGAAAAUGCGGAUAAGAGUCACCACCCCCCCCCCAAUCCCCGCCGUGUCCCCCACCCCCACCCCCGAAUCCCUGCCGUGUCCCCCAUUACAGUGA